UGUUGCCUUGGUGACCGGAACCGAGGCGCCCCUCCGCUUCAUCCGGGUCAUGGCCCACCCCCCCGGUACCCACUGUGUUCCCGGGUCUCGGCGGUGGCCUGUGGCCUCUCCCCUGGUCUUCUCCAAUUCCUGACGUCCUUUUCCUCUGUCCUGACUUCUUCACUUCGACCUCACUGACCACUGUUUUAGACUCUCUUUCCGGUUCCCAUCGGACGCUUCCAGACUCAAGUUUUCUUAGGGAUGAGAGAAAAUGGAGUCACAGGCACGUGUCAGGAUACCCCACCUCAAUAAAGAGGACUUGCUCUGUCAGAGUAGCAAACUUUAUGCCAUGUGGGCAUGCCCUGGGCACUACAACAAGCUAAUCUUGGCCACUCCCUUGGCAUCUUCUCAUGCCAGCUGUGGAAUAAUGCCCACUGUCUGGUACUGCCCUUGCCAGGAGUUCCUGCCUUCCCCAGCUGUGGCUUUCAAGAAACAGUAGCAUUCGGUAGUAGCAUCUCAGUAGAGCCAAGGCCCCCCAACAAGAGGAUGCCAGGAGAGGGGGAGGCACCUAGUGGAGAGGACCACUAGGUAGGGGCAGGAGGCAGGGAGGCCUCUAGGUCUCCUGCUCUGUGCCCCUGGUUCCGGGAGCUGGGGAUGCCUCUAGGGUGAUUGGCAGCUCUUUGUUUCAGCCCCCCCUCACCCGCCUACUGGCCCCCCCCUUUCAACUCUCCCCUCCAUCCCUCCGCCCCCUGCUCCUGCUCUCUCCGCCUAGCCUUUUCCCCUCCCAGCCGUUUGCUGCCAGGGGUAGUGAGCCGGCUGAGCGGCAUGGAGACGCAGGAAAUUCGGGGGGCCCUGGCUCUUCUCCUCCUUUGCUCUUUUGCAUCUGCCAGUCAGGACCUGCAGGUGAUUGACCUGCUGACUGUGGGCGAGUCCCGGCAGAUGGUAGCUGUGGCAGAGAAGAUCCGGACAGCCCUGCUCACUGCUGGGGACAUCUACCUCUUGUCCACCUUCCGCCUGCCCCCCAAGCAGGGUGGUGUCCUCUUUGGCCUCUACUCUCGCCAAGACAACACGCGAUGGCUGGAGGCCUCCGUUGUGGGCAAGAUCAACAAAGUGCUGGUGCGGUACCAGCGGGAGGAUGGCAAAACCCAUGCAGUGAACCUACAGCAAGCAGGCCUGGCUGAUGGGCGCACACACACGGCUCUCUUGCGACUGCGAGGCCCGUCCCAACCCAGCCCUGCCCUGCAGCUCUAUGUGGACUGCAAACUGGGUGACCACCAUGCUGGCCUCCCUGCACUGGCCCCCAUCCCUCCAGCAGAGGUCAAUGGGCUGGAGAUUAGGACUGGACAGAAGGCUUAUUUGAGGAUGCAGGGCUUCGUGGAAUCUAUGAAAAUGAUUCUGGGUGGGUCCAUGGCUCGGGUCGGAGCCCUGAGCGAGUGUCCGUUCCAGGGGGAUGAGUCCAUCCACAGUGCAGUGACCAAUGCACUCCACUCCAUCCUAGGGGAGCAAACCAAGGCGCUGGUCACCCAACUCACCCUCUUCAACCAGAUCCUGGUGGAGCUGCGGGAUGAUAUCCGAGAUCAGGUGAAGGAAAUGUCCUUGAUUCGAAACACCAUCAUGGAGUGUCAGGUGUGCGGCUUCCAUGAGCAGCGUUCCCAUUGCAGCCCCAACCCCUGCUUCCGAGGCGUGGAUUGCAUGGAAGUGUACGAGUACCCCGGCUACCGCUGUGGGCCCUGCCCCCCUGGCCUGCAGGGCAACGGCACCCACUGCACCGACAUCAACGAGUGUGCUCACAGUGACCCCUGCUUCCCGGGCUCCAGCUGUAUCAACACUAUACCCGGCUUCCACUGUGAGGCCUGUCCACAAGGGUACAAGGGCACACAGGUGUCUGGUGUGGGCAUCGACUACGCCCGGGCCAGCAAACAGGUCUGCAACGAUAUUGAUGAAUGCAACGAUGGUAACAAUGGUGGCUGUGACCCUAACUCCAUCUGCACCAAUACCGUGGGCUCUUUCAAGUGUGGUCCUUGCCGCCUGGGUUUCCUGGGCAACCAGAGCCAGGGCUGCCUCCCAGCCCGGACCUGCUACAGCCCAGCCCACAGCCCCUGCCAUGUCCAUGCUCACUGUCUCUUUGAACGCAAUGGUGCAGUGUCCUGCUCGUGCAACGUGGGCUGGGCAGGGAACGGGAACGUGUGUGGGCCUGACACAGACAUCGACGGCUAUCCAGACCAGGCACUGCCCUGCAUGGACAACAACAAACACUGCAAACAGGACAACUGCCUUUUGACACCCAACUCUGGACAGGAAGAUGCUGAUAAUGAUGGCGUGGGGGACCAGUGUGACGAUGAUGCCGAUGGGGAUGGGAUCAAGAAUGUUGAGGACAAUUGCCGGCUGUUCCCCAACAAGGACCAGCAGAACUCAGAUACAGAUUCAUUUGGUGAUGCAUGUGACAACUGCCCCAACGUACCCAACAAUGACCAGAAGGACACAGAUGGCAACGGGGAAGGGGACGCCUGUGACAAUGACGUGGAUGGGGAUGGCAUCCCCAAUGGGUUGGACAAUUGCCCUAAAGUCCCCAACCCACUACAGACAGACAGGGAUGAGGAUGGGGUGGGCGAUGCCUGCGAUAGCUGCCCUGAAAUGAGCAAUCCCACCCAGACAGAUGCAGACAGCGACCUGGUGGGGGAUGUCUGUGACACCAAUGAAGACAGUGAUGGGGAUGGGCAUCAGGACACCAAGGACAACUGCCCACAGCUGCCCAAUAGCUCCCAGCUGGACUCAGACAAUGACGGUCUGGGAGAUGAAUGUGAUGGGGAUGAUGACAAUGAUGGUGUCCCAGAUUAUGUGCCUCCUGGUCCUGAUAACUGUCGCCUGGUGCCCAAUCCCAAUCAGAAGGACUCAGAUGGCAACGGCGUGGGUGAUGUGUGUGAGGAUGACUUUGACAAUGACACAGUAGAUGACCCCUUGGAUGUGUGCCCUGAAAGUGCAGAGGUAACCCUCACAGACUUUCGAGCCUAUCAGACUGUCGUCUUGGAUCCGGAGGGUGACGCUCAGAUUGAUCCAAACUGGGUCGUGCUCAACCAGGUACAUGGGGCAGUGGGGCUGGGCAGGUGCUGUCAGACCAGACUGCCAGGUGGGGCCAAGGUGGGGUGGUGCACCUGGAUCAGGGCUUUCUUCUUUACCACACAACACCAGGGCAUGGAAAUCGUUCAGACCAUGAACAGUGACCCCGGCCUGGCAGUUGGGUACACAGCCUUCAAUGGUGUGGACUUUGAAGGCACCUUCCACGUAAAUACGGUGACUGACGAUGACUAUGCAGGCUUUCUCUUCAGCUACCAGGACAGCGGCCGCUUCUAUGUGGUCAUGUGGAAACAGACAGAGCAGACCUACUGGCAGGCCACACCUUUCCGGGCUGUUGCCCAGCCUGGACUGCAGCUCAAGGCAGUGACAUCAACGACUGGCCCAGGCGAGCAUCUCCGGAAUGCCCUGUGGCAUACCGGCCACACCCCUGAUCAGGUACAACUGCUGUGGACUGACCCACGAAACGUGGGCUGGCGUGACAAGACCUCCUACCGCUGGCAGCUGCUGCACCGGCCUCAAGUUGGCUACAUUCGGGUGAAGCUCUAUGAGGGUCCCCAACUAGUGGCGGAUUCUGGGGUGAUCAUUGACACAUCCAUGCGAGGGGGGCGUCUUGGUGUAUUCUGCUUCUCCCAAGAAAACAUCAUUUGGUCCAAUCUCCAGUAUCGAUGCAAUGACACAGUGCCCGAGGACUUUGAGCCAUUCCGGAGGCAGCUGCUCCAGGGAAGGGUGUGAGGAGGUGGCCACCGGAUUCAGAAUCCUGAUUUUAGACCCUUUGGCCUUUGGGGUCCAUCCAGGAGACCCUGGGGUCUAAUCUACAGACCCUCGGCCAAACACAGAUCCUCCUCUGACACCAACUGAAAGUUCAGCCCCAGAGGGGUGGUGACCCCAUUGUUCAGGGGAUGGGAAGUUGCUUUCAAGGGGUAUUUCUCAGGCACUGACCCCAGGAAAGAUAACUGCACACUGCCAUAAAGUUCCCGUUGUUUUCUAA